GCCAACGUGUACUGGGGCCUUUACAAAAAAAUUGGCUGUUGGUGACAUGACAUCUGUGGUAUGUCGAUGUCGACUGUUCCGUAUUUUUGUUGUUGAAGAUCCAGAGGAUUUUUUUAAAGAAACUUCUCUGCUUUUUGUAAAAUUGCGUAUGGCGUAAAUUCUACAAGAGAAUUUAUUGUGGGUGACGUAAACUAAAGACAGUACAGUGAAAAAUGCGAAUAGUCUCCUGUACAAUUCGUUCGAAUAUAUAGCUGAAGGCUGAUGAAUAUGUUUUCUUUAAUUUUGUCAAUCUUUAGUUGAAAAAUAUUGUUAAAACACAAUGUGCGAUAUUUACAUCGCGGUUGUAUGUUCCUCGAACAUGAACCGUAGUAUGGAAGCUCAUGCAUUUCUUGCGAAGAAAGGCUUUAAAGUUAAGUCUUAUGGCACAGGAGAAAAGGUUAAGUUACCAGGUGCAUCUGCUGAUCGACCGAAUUGUUAUGAAUUUGGAGUCCCAUAUGACGAUAUAUAUAACGAUUUAAUGGAAAAGGAUAAAGUUUACUACACACAAAAUGGUAUUCUGCACAUGUUAGAUAGGAACAGAAGAAUUAAACCCUGUCCAGAGAAGUUCCAGAUAUCAACUGAGCGGUUUGAUGUUAUAAUAACUUGUGAGGAAAGAGUAUACGAUCAAGUCAUAGAAUGGUUUGGUUCAAAAAGAUCAGUUUAUAAUCAACCAGUCCAUGUUGUGAAUAUGGAUAUUCAAGAUAACCAUGAAGAAGCUACCAUUGGUGCAUUUUUAAUAAGUGACAUGGUCACAAAGAUGGCUCAAAGUGACGAUUUAGAUAAUGAUAUUGAUGAACUUUUGCAUGAGUUUGAAGGAAAAUGUCACCGGCCAAUUCUUAAUUGUAUAAUGUUUUAUUAACAUACCAGCCAAAUUUAUUUAAAGAAUAUGCUUCCAAUUUAAAAAUGAUUGACAAUGCUGUGAAUAUAAUGAAUACUAUCACUGUAUUCAUAAGCAGAUUAAUAUUUUCAAAAAUGUUGAUGUAUACUCACAAUGCCUUCUCAUUUUGUAAGCAUUUUUACGAGAAGUUUAUAUUUCGAUUUAGAAAAU